GGAUGCCUAGCGGGCACCCUCGGGGCAGAGACCUGCGGACGCCAUGGGCUGCUGCAGCUCCGCCGCGCAGAGUUCCAAGCGAGAGUGGAAGCCUCUGGAAGACCACAGCUGCACAGAUGUACCAUGGCUGCUCUUAUUUAUCCUCUUCUGCAUAGGAAUGGGUUUUAUCUGUGGCUUUUCAAUAGCUACAGGAGCAGCUGCAAGACUGCUUUCAGGAUAUGACAGUUACGGAAAUAUUUGUGGACAGAAAAAUGUCAAGGUGGAGGGAAUAGUCAACAGUGGUCUGGACCUCACACAGAAGAAGUAUGUAUUCUUCUUGGAUCCAUGCAACAUUGAUCUAGUACAUCAGAAGAUUAAGUCUAUUGCCCUGUGUGUAUCAGCUUGCCCAAGGAAAGAACUGAAAACUCUGGCUGAUAUACAGAAAUUUGCAGAAACUAAUGGAUCCACUCUAUGUAGCUAUGAACUACAGCCAUCAGAAUACACUACAGACCCAAGGGCUGCCAAGUUAUGUCCUAAAUAUCCUGUUCCAGAGAGUGCACCUAUUCCAUUCUUCCAUCGCUGUGCUCCUGUGAACAUUUCCUGCUAUGCCAAGUUUGCAGAGGCCCUGAUCACCUUUGUCAGUGACAGUAGUGUCUUACACAGGCUGAUUAGUGGAGUUAUGACCAGCAAAGAGAUUAUAAUGGGACUUUGCUUGUUAUCACUAGUGUUGUCCAUGAUUUUGAUGGUUAUAAUAAGAUACAUUUCAAGAGUACUUGUCUGGAUUUUAACAAUUCUUGUCAUUCUGGGAUCACUUGGUGGUACAGGUGUCCUGUGGUGGCUCUAUGCUAAACAAAGAAUAUCUGCUGGUGCUCUUGAGACCCAAAUAGCCAAAGACAAUCUUCAGGCUCUCUUGAUCUAUGCCAUUGCAGCUACAGUCUUCACGGUUAUCAUGUUCUUGAUCGUGUUAAUUAUGCGCAAAAGAGUAGCUCUCACCAUUGCCUUGUUCCACGUGGCUGGCAAGGUCUUCAUUCACCUGCCACUGUUAGUCUUCCAGCCAUUUUGGACAUUCUUCGUGCUUAUCCUCUUCUGGACAUACUGGAUCACAGUCCUGCUUUUUCUUGGUACUACAGGUAGUCCUGUCCCAAAUGAAGAAGGACUUGUUGAAUUUCGAAUGGCAGGUCCUUUGAAAUACAUGUGGUGGUACCAUGUAGUAGGACUCAUCUGGAUCAGCGAGUUUAUCCUAGCCUGUCAGCAGAUGACAGUAGCAGGGGCUGUUGUGACAUACUAUUUUACAAGGGAGAAAAGAAAUCUGCCAUUUACUCCUAUUCUGGCAUCUGUUAAUCGCCUUGUUUGUUACCACCUAGGAACGGUAGCAAAGGGGUCUUUCAUUAUCACACUAGUGAAGAUACCACGAAUGAUUCUUAUGUAUAUUCACACACAACUCAAAGGAAAGGAAAACGCUUGUGCUCGCUGUAUGCUUAAAGCCUGCAUUUGCUGCCUUUGGUGUCUAGAAAAGUGCCUGACAUAUUUAAAUCAGAAUGCGUAUACAGCCACAGCUAUCAACAGCACCAAUUUCUGCACCUCAGCAAAGGAUGCCUUUGUUAUCCUAGUGGAAAACGCUUUGCGAGUGGCUGCCAUAAACACAGUUGGGGAUUUUAUGCUGUUUCUAGGAAAGGUCCUGAUUGUCUGCAGCACAGGUUUGGCCGGCAUUAUGUUGCUGAAUUACCAACGAGAUUACACCAUCUGGGUGCUGCCACUCAUCAUUGUCUGCCUCUUUGCAUUCCUGGUUGCUCACUGCUUCCUUUCCAUUUAUGAAAUGGUUGUUGAUGUCCUUUUCUUAUGUUUUGCCAUCGAUACAAAAUACAAUGAUGGGAGCCCUGGCAGGGAAUUCUACAUGGAUAAAGUUCUCAUGGAGUUUGUGGAGAAUAGUAGGAAAUCUAUGAAAGAAGCUGGCCGGGGAGGUGGAGCAGAGGGCAGAGAGCUAAAACCAAUGGCCUCUGGAGCAAGUUCAUCUUGAAACUAGCCAGCCAUAUUGGAACCCAUUGACAUUCCAAAACAGUAUAUAUAUACAUAUAUACAUACAUACUAUAUAUAUAUAUAUAUAUAAAAAUAAACAGCCAAAAUCAGAGAAAAGGAACAGGGAUUUAAAACUUUUUUUAACAAUUAUUUUUGUGAAACAUGUACUCUUUUCAUACGGGUGGCUUUUACAAGCAGCUUUAUCAUUGUUCCAUUUCUUAAAUUAUUUGUUGUGGUCAUGGAAAUGUUGAUUCUUAUCUGCUUGAUAUUUUAAAAUCUGGAGGAAGUAUCAUUGUAAAGAUAAUCUGAAAUCAUGACUGGGUUUAGAGAUAGAUUUCCCAUGACACUGCUAAUCUGCUGAGAGUUUUACUUGUUUAAUUUCUUUUAAAUUUGCAUUAAAUUUGGGACAUGUACAGAAAUCCUUAAAAUCAAGAAAAGAUCUCAAAUUUAUUUUUUCAAGAGGUGGUUUCAGCAAAAAUUUGUUGAGUUCAAAUGUGUUUGUAAGGAGUUAUUUUCCUUUACAGCCCUGGCAGGGCAGUUUUGUUUACCAGUACCAGAUAUCACAAUAACCAACUCCUCAGGUAUUUAGGUGUGUGGGAGCCCUUGCAUCUCCUAUUAAACAGAACCUACAAAAUGGGGACAGAUAAUUUUUAUAUGCAAUUAACUUCCUGCUUACCCUACUUUUACCCCUCAUACCCAUUGCCCUCUAUGCUCCCCUUGAGUUCAGUAGCCUCCUUCACACUUCAGCAGUGUUCCUUUGAAGGGUACGGAUUCUCGAUACGGGCAAGUGAAAUAACAGAUUGUUAAAGUUCAGUCUUAGCCAUACUCAUGAUUAAUUCAUGACUAGAUACAAAGAUGCUGAGGAUGGGAAGAGAAAUUAAUUGUACUGCUGUACAUUAAAAAGUACUGUAUGCUUCAUUUCAUCUAAUGAGAGAGCUCUGGGAGGUAGAAGGGAUCAUUCCUUGCCUGUUGUUUGAUCCAUAUUUGUACAUAGUGUAGUGGGUGGCUAAAGCCAGAAAGGGCAGAGAAACAUUCCUUUGGAAGUGUAGCUGCCAGGAUAGUUAUCUGAAGUUAUUAAAUAAUGACAAGAGAACAUGCUUUUUUAUUAUUAUUAGAUACAUAAAUAUCUUUUCAGUCUGGAAGCUCACCAGAUAUGAAUGCUAAUAUUCAAUUAUUCAGCAUAGUGAAAUGGUAAAUGCUUAACUGUAUUUGCUAAGAAUUAAUGAUCUGUCUAUGCUAUAUAUUCCUUUUGUUAACAUUUUUUUAAGAAAACUAUUUUUGUUAUUGUAAAGUUAAUAUUUCAGAGCAGAAUUUUUAAACUUAUUGCACUAAAUACAAGCUGUCUACAAAUAAUGAUGCCUCAAUGGUUCAAUCACUCCAUUCCAGAAAAUCUUUUGAAAGAGUAAGAGCCUUUCUACAGAAGCUUUAUGAUGGAGUAUAGAGGUAUGUCUAGUAAAGACAGGCACAACACGUGUAAUCAAGGUUUGGUAAGUAAGCAGUUAACUGUGCUUCCUUUCAGACUAUCAGACUUUUAACUUGCUGCUGAAGAUUUAAAAAAGUAUGUAGUAUCAUUUAGCUAACUAGUGCUCUUAUGUUUUUGGCAAUAGUAAAACAUUUCACUUUUGCUUCCAGAAGUCGUUUGGUAACUUGUAUUUGUUACCUUUUUUUUUUUUUUUUUCCUUCUGUAAGCCAGUUAAAACAAUUUACACUUUUCAUGUCACAGAUCUCAAACUAUUUUAAAGGUAUAAAAAUAGAGAUACAUAUAGAAAGGAUAGCUAUUGGGGAGGCAAAGAGAAUUAUCCAGUCCUGGAAGCACUUACUCAUUUAAGUGAACUAUAUCUGUAACUCUACUAGCAUCAGGAGGGCUCUCUAAGUAUGGAAAUUGUAACGUACACAUCUGUGUAAGUGCUGACUGGACUAGAGCUUCAGCCUAGGAUUCAAACUGCAGCACAGGUGAGGCAUCUCAGAGCAAGUUAGAGGUCAGACUUGCCCAGAAGAAGCACUGGAGCAGCCUUAGUUUUGUGGAGACGAGACAUUCCUGCAGUACCAGUGUCUAAGAUAGCAGUGGUACUCAACACCAGUAUUUGUGUAGAUCAGAGGGGUUUAGCACCACAAAUUAAAAAACUGGCUUAGAUGAAUCCUAGAAGCUGGUUUUCACGGCUAAAAGACUUACUAGGUACCCAGUUGCUUCCAGAAAAUCUAGUUUUCAUCUUGUUUGGAGGUUAUUGGAAGUGCUUAAUGAAGAAAGCCUUGUAUUCUGCUCAUUUUGAUAAAAAAAUUCUGCCAUGACUGGUACCACAGAUUGGUGUUCUCCGCUCACUGGGAAGCCCUGAGUGGGAACUGUUCUCUGUAAUUGCAACUAGGACUGCAGUUGGUAACAAAUUUUGUAUUUUUGUAUGACUUGAUUGUGCACCAUUUUUAUAGCAGUUUAUCCUGUCUUAAAAAUAAAUUUGUUUAUUUACAUGAUGUUUAAAA